UCCUGUACCAAAAAUGAAAUAAAUCACAAAGAGAAAAAAAUAAUUAUAAUAGUUUUGUGAUAUAUAAAUAUAACAUAGAAUUAUCUGAAGCCACGCCUGGCUUUAUGAUUCAUCUUCAUGCCAAAAGCAGUCCGUGAUUUGUAUUGUAAAAAAAUCACGACAGGUUGAAAAUACCUCAGCGGCAUCAGUAUCGCAUUGUGCUCAUAUUCUUGACAGUACAAAACCAUAGACAGCAAUACAAAGAGUUGUCUUAGAAAUUCAGUGUUUAUUUCGAAAAAAAUAAAUUUUUUGUGUAUUUUAUCCGGUGACAAAAGAAAAUUUGGUGUAGUAUUGAAUAAAAAAUUUAAAAACCAAAUAAGAUGAAUUAAUAAUUGGCAAUUAUUUCACAUAAUGAGACCAUGUGUUACUAACAACAAUGCGAUGGUGGGAGAGCCUACAUUUUCUUAUUCGCAAUAUUGCAUUUUUUUCUGUUAAAGUUAUCAUGUAGUUCGGUAAGUGCGAAUAGUUGAUCAGAAGACUUUCGCUCAAGAAUUAACGUGUUCUCAUUUAAUAUUCUAUGCAAAUUAUAAAAACUAGAGCAAGUGAUCGAGAUAUCGAUGUGGAUGAUGGCAAAGAUUGAAAGUUUCAAUGAGAGAUGAAGCGUCGUUAGAACUGGUGAUGCGCAAGAUCUUGUUCUUCCUAGAACUAAUUGUAAAGUUUUUUAUUUGCAUAAUUACAGUGGUUAUUAGAUUAUAACAAAUUUAUUUUUAUUGAUAAUUGUCAUAAAGAAUUUUUCCUAAAAGAAAAAGUGUAUAUUGAAGGAAUUUUUAGUGAGAGUUUUAGUGUUGUGUAGACAACGAGAAAGGAGUCGUCCAAGUGCGCAAGUGAGAGAGAGAAGCAAAGACUGAGAUAUGUUGAGAUGUGAAGCAGCGUGAACGCCCAGGUGAAAUGAUUAUGUUCUAAAAAGAAAGUCAUCUGUUGUAAAAGUACGACGUAGCAUUCUAACAAGUUUGAAGAUUACCUUCGAGUGUUUUGAAUGUCAAUUGCAUGAAUUUUUUGAAUUCUUGGCCAAUGAAAGGCCUUAAGUGGACGUGAUUUCCACAUUCAGGAAGGCCGGAAGGAAAGAAGAAAAGGUGCAAGAGUGAGCAGGCGAGUGAGAUAAGCAAGUAUUGAAGUGCAAGUAGGUUUGGUGAUACACACAGGAGAGUUUCUCAGGGUAAGAGCAAAGAUGGCGACGAGCUCUUUAACGUGGUCGUGCACUUGUUGCCUAAGAUUCAAAUUUAGUCCUGAAGAAAUAGAACAAAGGUACAAAAGUCAAGAAAUUGAUCGAAUGUUGGAGAAAGACCGUCAAGUAUUUAGGAGGCAAGUUAAGUUGUUGCUACUUGGUGCUGGUGAAAGCGGCAAAUCAACUUUUCUAAAACAGAUGCGAAUCAUUCAUGGAAUUAAAUUUGAGCCUGAAUUAAUAAAAGAAUACCAACAUAUUAUUUAUCAGAACAUUAUUAAAGGAAUGAAAGUUUUAGUUGAUGCCAGGGAUAAACUUAAUAUUCCUUGGGAUAACCCAAAAAAUUAUGACAUUGGAUAUCAGCUGUUGAAGUUUGAAAAUACAAUCAUUUUAGAUGCUCGAUUAUUUCUUCAUUACGUACCAUCCUUACAGAGUCUUUGGAAAGAUUCUUCGAUUAAAAAAGCAUUUGAUAGAAGAAGAGAAUUUCAAUUGAGUGAUUCAGUUCAAUAUUUUUUGGAUAAUCUCGAUCGGAUUUCAAGAGCGGAUUAUGUGCCUACACAUCAAGAUAUUCUUCACUGUCGCAAGGCAACUAAAGGAAUAUCAGAGUGUGUGAUACCAAUAAACAAUAUUCCAUUUUUAUUUGUUGAUGUUGGUGGUCAGAGGUCUCAAAGACAAAAGUGGUAUCAAUGCUUCGAUUGUGUUACGUCUAUCAUUUUUCUUGUUUCAUCAUCUGAAUUUGAUCAAGUCUUAUUAGAAGAUAGAAGAACUAACAGACUUGAAGAAUCAAGGAAUAUUUUCGAUACAAUAGUAAACAAUAUGAUUUUUGGCGGGGUUUCUAUAAUACUUUUUCUCAAUAAAACCGAUUUGCUUGACAAAAAAGUAAGAUCACCCGAUACCAACGUAAGUUGGUAUUUUCCUCAAUUUCAGGGUGAUUCACAUUCCAUGAAAGAUGUACAGAAGUUUAUCUUGGAUAUGUUCAUAUCCGUAAAGAGGGACCCUCGCAAACCGUUAUUCCAUCAUUUCACGACAGCUGUAGAUACAGAAAAUAUAAAAGUCGUUUUCAAUGCGGUUAAAGAUACGAUUUUACAUCGAAAUUUAGAAUCACUUAUGCUUCAAUAGAAGAAAAGUAGGAAAUUAAUAUUUAAAAAAUAAGGUAUGUCUACUCUUGUUUAUAUUGAAUAGAAUUUUUUCACAAAAUGUUGAAGAUACUACCAGGCUUCCUAAGACAAUAUAUUAAUACUUUAAUAAUUAACAUGGAGAAUUGAAAAAAAAUGUAUUACCAUUAAAUCGUAUUUACUGUUCACAUAAAAGCAAUUAAUAGAAACUUUUUUAUACUAAAAGGAGGAAAAGUAGAGCUCAGGGUGUUAAAAAAGAAAAAGCAAUACUGCCUUUUGUAGUAGAUAAAGAUAUUUACAUCAAAAUUAUUUAAAGGAUUUUUUAAUUUUAUAAAACAUAAAAAAUAUUUUUUCAACGUCCAUGUUUACUUUUUGAUAAAAAUAUUUGAAUGAGUAAAAAAAUCUUGUAAAUAGAUAAAACUCAUUCUUGAAUUAAGUUAACAAUGAUUUCGAUAAUGAAUUUACAUCAAUAGAACUUUAAUAUAUAUUGAUAAAAUUUACAUCAAUAUAUUUAUUGUAUAUUUAUAUUCUAUUUAUAUUUAUAUUGCGACUAAGAAGUAAAAUGAAUCGCAGCUUUGAUUAAUCUCCUUCCUUUGUACAGUUAUUAUUUAAUGAAUGAAACUAAUGAAUAUUUUAAGUUUUUAUAUAUUGUAUUGUAAUUGAGAUAAAUUUUGUCCAAUGGACAAAAUAUAAUUAAAUAUAAUUUAUUUUUUGGAUUUUUUAAAUUAUUCAUUAUCAUUAAUUAAUUAACGCUGUUUUUACUAUCGAUUAAUGUGUCAAAUAACGAGAAAACCAAAUACUAGAAUCAUGCCAUACGAACCAAAUGAAAACACUAACCAUUUUGUGUUCUAUUUGCAGUUGGUGAAAUUUAAAUUCAUUGUUAACUGUCACAAACAUUAAUUGUUAUUGUUCUUACUAUACUUGUUGCCGAUUUAAAGUUGAUUUUCCCUUAUAUUCUUGGCACAAUUACUUUUUUUAUAUUCGGCAGCUAAUUAACAAUCGUGUACAGAUUUUUAGAUUUAGUAAUUAAUUUUUUACGUUAAUCAGUAUUACUGUAUUCCGUUGAAUUUUUAUUUACCUAUUCAUUUAUUUUGUAGUAAAUUAUAUAACAUUGAUUUAUUAUUCGAAAUCCGAGCGCAAUGAUGUCAACAACGAAAAGUUAUACGUAUUAUUUAUAAUAUCUUUAUUUUCAUUAUCUAUUUUAUUAUGGUUAUUAUAAAAAAAAAAAA